AAGCUGUUUUAUACUUGCGGCAAACGCACAGCUUUUGGCUCCACAAGGCAUAGAUACAUAUAUAUUGUGAAUUCAGAUAUUUGGGGUGAAGAAAUGGCUUCCGAGGAGGGACAAGUGAUCGGCUGCCACACCGUCGAUGAGUGGAAGCAGCUUUUCCAGAAGGGCGUCGACUCUAAGAAACUGGUGGUGGUAGAUUUCACAGCGUCAUGGUGCGGCCCUUGCCGCUUUAUCGCUCCAAUUUUGGCUGAGAUUGCCAAGAGGACUCCCCAUGUUAUGUUCCUGAAGGUUGAUGUAGACGAACUCAAGUCUGUUGCCCAGGAAUACGAAGUUGAGUCUAUGCCAACCUUUUUGUUCCUCAAAGAAGGGAAGGUGGUGGACAAGAUUGUGGGUGCAAGAAAGGAAGCAUUACAGGAGAAAAUUGCCGAACAUGGUGCCCUUGCUGUUGCUGCUUGAGGUUGCUGAAGGCACAGUUAUGUAUUCUAUUAGUGCUUGUAGUAACAACAUUAAGCUUUCUUUCUCUAAUUAAGCUUUGUGUCAGGAUGUAUGCUUACUUUUAUAUGGAUUGUCGUUCUUAAUGUAAUGAAGAAUUUCAAGUAUUUUCGACUGCUGCGAAGAUUUACUUGAAAUGUGUUUUAUUCUAUGUCAGUCUUAUUACUGUGGUAGCUGCUGCAGCCUGUAACAUUUUACCUUAAUUUUUUUGUAUAUGCAGUCCCUUUCACAAUGUUUCCUUC